CACUGCCCGGACCCUAUAUGAACGCAUGAAAUCUUGUGUAUCGAGCUGCCCUUUUAUAUAUUGCCUAACACUCUCAUUUUCUUCAACAGAAAUUGUAUCCUUAUUUCAUAUCAUAUGGAGAAUAAGAGAGUAGCUAUUAUUGGAGCUGGAAUCAGUGGACUUCUUGCAUGCAAAUACACACUAGAAAAAGGCUUUAUUCCUGUAGUUUUUGAAGCUACAAAAGAAAUUGGAGGAGUUUGGACUCAAACUAUUGAAUCAACUAGACUUCAAAGUCCAAAGAGAACAUUUGAAUUCACUGAUUUUCCUUGGCCUUCUUCAGUUAGAGGGAGAUAUCCUCAUAACACUGAUGUUUUGAAGUAUAUUGAGGCUUAUGCUCAACAUUUUGAGUUGCUUCCUUAUAUUCAGUUGAAUACAAAAGUUAUUGGAAUAGAUUAUGUUGGAGUUUCUGAUGAAGAAAUGGAUUCUUGGGAUUUUUGGAGUGGAAAUGGGAAACCCUUUGGCUCUAAGGGGAAAUGGCACAUAUUGGUGCAACAUGCUGAGGACUUCACCACUCAGGACUAUGAAGUUGAAUUUUUAAUUCUAUGCGUUGGGAGGUAUAGUGGUCUACCAAAUAUCCCAGAGUUCCCUUUAGGUGAAGGGCCUGAUGUUUUUUCUGGGACAGUAAUACAUUCUAUGGAAUACUCAGCUAUGGACAAUGAAAGUGCUAGAGAGUUGAUUAAAGGGAAGAAAAUUGCAGUUAUUGGCUCUCAAAAAUCAGCUAUAGAUAUUGCUGCUGAAUGUGCAGCUGCUAAUGGUAAGAAACUGCUUUUGAUCAAAUCCUUUAUUUUCCGUUCGGUGUCUGAUACCUGAAUUAGAGUCGCGAUA